AUGAAACGGCCGAUUGUCUACACGAUUGCCGGAAGUGAUUCGGGUGGUGGUGCCGGAAUUCAGGCAGAUUUGCACGCUCUGCACACCAUGGGGGCGCAUGGAUGUUCCGCCAUUACCUGCUUGACGGCACAAAACUCGCAAGGCGUCACGGGCGUCCAUGCUCCUCCUCCGGAAUUCUUGGCGGCACAAUUGGACUGUCUCGCCAACGAUCUACCCCCCGUGGCGGUCAAAAUUGGCAUGUUGGGGACACGGGAAUUGGCAACCGUGGUGGCCGAGACACU